CGAUUGCAGUCAGGCGGGCAGUUAGUCAGUGUGGCGCGCGGUCGCGGACGGUCGUGUGACGAGCGCUCAGCCCGCGCGUGUCGCGUCUAUCACCGCGCUCAUUAUACUAUACUUCUCCUUAUAGUAUUGUCCGAGCGACGCCUCGUUCAGCAUGCUGAUGGUUCAGACUAACUCCCAACCGAUGAAGACGACCAAAAUCAAGGGACCGCCGCCGGUCCCCCCGCGGCCCAGCCAGAGCAUGGUCGCUGAGGCGCUCGCCAAAACUAGAAAAGCGGUCGCCGAUUCUAAAGCGAAUCUAACAAAAAGCAAAACGUACACCAAAAAUGAGGCACCCAAAGUUUCGUCGAAGGCGAAAACCUUGGAUAGGACCGCCACCCUGAGUAAACCUUCGGUGUCUCCCCGGCAGAACGGCCUGGCGCGAGUAAAAUCUUUCAUUAAGGAUGUGAUAAGCGACAGGAGUUCCUCGUCCGACGAGAGAAGAUCGAGCGGACAGAACUCUCGACGGAGCUCCAGCGACAGCAGCACGAUUCAAUCGCCGGCAUCCAAUAAGAAGUCGAACGAGUCGCUCAAUUCAAAGGCCGUUAAAACUUGUAAACAGAUCCUGGUGCGAUCUCUGUCUACUUCUAACAAGCUAGAUCAAGACUCCAAAUGUAAAGUGUCUAAAUCGUCUAGUUUCGCCGAAAAGACCCUUCCUUUGCGUAAGGCUCCCCCGCCGCCUCUAUCACCGAAACCAAAACUGAAGCCAAUGAAACAGCUACCUGUACAAAAAAGUGUGGACGAGUCAUAUAAAAGAAUAGAGGAUCCGGAAAUAUCCUCGUACUCUUUGCCUAUCGACGCUAAACCUAAACCUGUGCCUCAGGAGGCCGCGUAUGCGUCAAUUGAUGAAGUUCAGGAUAUCGAGGACAGGCUUCGGAAUAUUACGUCAACGCAAAACAAUGACACCUGCAAAGUUAUUCAAAACAAACGCAAUUCAUUAUCUUGUGACGCUUUAAAUAAAAACAACAAUUCUUUGGAGAGAAAAACCUCUCAAGUGACCGAAAUGUUAAUAUCCGAAAUACUGGCCAGCAGAAACAACAACAAAGAGGAGCCAAACACGGUUAUCGAUAAGGGGAAAGAUCUCCCGCUAACCAACGGGAACCUGUCCCCAGAAUUUGAAAAUAUGAAGGACUUGAAUAACCACGAGAUGCUAAUAUACGAAUUGCAGACGAUGCAUUCGCAGUCCAACGUACCUGAGGUUAUUGAUAUGAAUUCGUCGAUGCAGUGCGACUCUGAUUCAGAGGUGAACUAUGCUGUAUCAUCAGUGACAAGUGAAAACAUGGAUGACUGUGAUCAGGCGUACGCGAGCAUAAGAGAUGAUGAUCUUAAAUCAAGGUUAAGGAAGCAGUUCAAGGCCAUAAGCACAAUGUCGCUCCAAGGCCUGCCCCCUCUGCCCAAGAGUCUCAGUGGCUUCGCCGACGCCGAGCCCGAGCCGGAGCCGGAGCCGGAAGCGGCUGUUGAAGAGCACCCACCGACUGAUCUCGAUUCGCAGCUCGUCUAUUUGAAAAAGGAAAUGGCCAGCCUGCGUCAGUUGGAUCUCUCCCUGCUCUCGGAACUGUGGACCCUGAGCGAGACCAUGGCGUCCUGGCGACGGCAGCUCGAGCGGGGCCCGAGACUCCGCCCCGCGCCGCCGCCCCCGCCCCCACCACACUAUCUUAGAACAUAAUAAAUUAUAUACUCAGCAGUGGUUUUUGUUUCCGACUUGUCUAUUUCAAGAUGCGAGUACCUCGAAGACAUUUAAUACUUAAUUUUAAUUUUAUGAAGAUUUUGACAAAAACUCCAUACGGUAUCAUCAUUAUGUCUUUGAGUGCGGCAGUUAGGCUCAAUUCACACCGGAAUGGCACUGAAACUGCUCGCCUCGCCUCUGCUAUUCCGGUGUGAGUUGAGCCUUAGAGUCACAUAGAGCUCAAUGCUU